GCAUCAAAACAAUGUACUUGAUGGACUGAAUCAAUUUGAUGGCACUGACACACAUUAUUUCCAUUCUGGCCCACGGGGCCAUCACUGGAUGUGGGAUUCUCGCCUUUUCAACUAUGGGAGUUGGGAAGUUUUAAGAUUUCUAUUAUCCAAUGCGAGAUGGUGGCUGGAGGAGUAUAAGUUUGAUGGCUUUAGAUUUGAUGGUGUGACCUCAAUGAUGUACACUCAUCAUGGACUUGCGGUUAGCUUUACUGGGAAUUACAGUGAAUACUUUGGGUAUGCUACUGAUGUGGAUGCAGUGGCCUUCUUGAUGCUGGUAAAUGACAUGAUACAUGGGCUUUACCCAGAGGCUGUUACUAUUGGUGAAGAUGUUAGUGGAAUGCCAACUUUCUGCAUCCCUGUUCAAGAUGGUGGUGUUGGAUUUGAGUAUCGCCUUCAUAUGGCUAUUCCAGAUAAAUGGAUUGAAAUGAUGAAGUUAAAGGAUGAAGAUUGGAAGAUGGGUGAAAUUGUUCACAAUCUCACUAAUAGGAGAUGGCUAGAGAAAUGUGUGGCUUAUGCUGAAAGCCAUGACCAAGCUCUUGUUGGUGACAAGACCAUCGCAUUUUGGUUAAUGGACAAGGAUAUGUAUGACUUUAUGGCACUGGAUAGACCAUCAACUCCCAGGAUUGAUCGUGGAAUUGCUCUGCACAAAAUGAUUAGACUAGUCACAAUGGGUUUGGGUGGUGAAGGAUAUCUAAACUUCAUGGGAAAUGAAUUUGGGCAUCCAGAAUGGAUAGAUUUUCCAAGAGGUGAUCAACAUCUUCCAAAUGGGGCAGUGAUACCAGGGAACAAUUAUAGUUAUGAUAAAUGUCGUCGUAUGUUUGAUUUAGGAGAUGCAGAUUAUCUCAGGUAUCGAGGAAUGCACGAAUUUGAUCAAGCAAUGCAACAUCUUGAGGAGCAAUAUGGCUUCAUGACAUCAGAGCACCAAUAUAUUUCACGGAAAGAUGAGGGGGAUAAGAUGAUUAUUUUUGAACGAGGGAAUUUGGUAUUUGUUUUCAAUUUUCAUUGGAGUAAUAGCUAUUUCAACUACCAAGUUGGUUGCUUAAAGCCUGGAAAAUUCAAGGUGGUUUUGGAUUCCGACGAUAAACUGUUUGGUGGAUUCAAUCGAAUUGAUCACACAGCAGAGUACUUCAGCACUGAAGGGUUAUUCGACAACAGGCCUCGCUCUUUCUUGGUGUAUGCGCCAAGUCGAACUGCGGUAGUUUAUGCUCUUUCUGAGGACUGAAGGAAGACAAGCUGCAGUGAAAUGCCAAACAAAGCCAUUUUUAUCUAUUAGUUAAGCAAACUGCUGCAGUGAAAAAUGCAAUUGCUGGUGAUGUGUUUGGUCGUUUCCUGCAUCCCAAAUUGGAGCUUAAAUGGCAUACUUAAU